AUGUCGAAAACAAUUUGGGGUUGGAUUUAUUCUUGGUUGGGUGAUGGUCACCAACUUUCCAUGGAGGAUUUGAUGGACUUCCGUUAUAUCAAAGAGAAGGUGAAGAACGCUAUUGAUAGGAACAAGAUCAACACUAUUUGGACCGCUACUACUUGGAGCUUAUGGCUCAUGAGAAACUCCAUAAUAUUCGAGAAUGUUCCUUAUAGUUUUGAUGUGGUGUGUUCAAAUGUCUUGUUCUUGUCUUGGAGGUGGCUAGUUAGUAGCAAUCCUUUGUCUUUUUCUAGCUUUUACGAUUGGUACAAGUUGCCACUGGGUUGUUUUAUCCCUUUGUAA